UACUAUACGCAAAGUAACGCGUGAACUAGCUGUCCACACGAAAUUUGCGUUUGAUACGAUAAUAAUCAAACUUCCACCAUUCAGUAAUCGACAUGUUCUCUUUAAGGAUAGUCCUGUUUAGCUUGCUGGUAGCAGCAGUGACAUGCGAGGAUCUGGACUUCCCCCCAGGGUUCCAGUUCGGAGCCGCGUCAGCAGCGUACCAAGUGGAAGGCGGCUGGAAUGCCAGUGACAAAGGCGAAAACAUUUGGGAUAGGUUUGUCCACGAGAAGCCUCACAUCAUAGCUGACCACUCCACCGGAGACGUGGCCUGCGACUCCUACCGCCUCUGGAGACGUGACAUCGAAAUGGCCUCCGAUCUUGGCCUGCACUUCUACCGAAUGUCCAUAGCCUGGUCUCGGCUGCUGCCGAAUGGAUUCGCCAACAAGAUCAGCGAGGAUGGACUCAACUAUUACAAUAACCUGAUCGACGGACUCCUUGAGAAGGGUAUUCAGCCGAUGGUGACGCUGUAUCAUUGGGAUCUGCCGCAGAGACUUCAGGAUUUGGGCGGCUGGACCAACCCCCUCAUCGUGGACUGGUUUGGAGACUACGCGCGCGUGGUCUUCAGCCACUUCGGAGACAGGGUCAAGUCCUGGAUCACUAUCAACGAGCCAUCAUCGAUCUGCGACAUUGGUCACGGGUCAGAGAUCAUGGCACCAGGCUGGCAAGAUCCUGACAAUGCAGUCUAUCUGUGUAAUAAGUAUGUUCUGUUGUCCCAUGCGAAGGCUUACAGGAUUUAUGAGGCGGAGUUCAAGGCGAAGUAUCAAGGUGAACUAUCCCUGGCCAACCAUUUGAUGUGGUAUGAGCCAUUCUCCCCUGAAGAUGAAGAGUUGGCUGAAACUGCUAGAGAAUACAUAGGUGGCCGGUACUCACAUCCCGUUUACUCUAAAGAGGGUGGUUGGCCUCCGGUCAUAGAAAAAGUUAUCGCUGAACUCAGCCAAAAGAAAGGAUAUAAGAGGUCUAUCCUACCAGAGUUUACGAAGGAGGAAGUAGAAUAUAUUAGAGGUACAUUUGACUUCUACGCAUUCAACCACUACACAAGCCGGCUGAUACGCAAGGCGAAGGAGGGCGAGGAACUUGGUCCCUUCCCUCUUGGAGAUGCUCCCCACAUCAACGGCAAAUACGAAGUGCAUCCAGAUUGGAAAUCUACACCCUCUUUCUGGUUCUAUGUGUACCCUGAAGGUAUACGCCAACAGCUCUUGUGGGUGAGAAAACAAUACGGUGACAUCAAGAUCAUCAUCACAGAGAACGGUUACUCAAGUGAGACCGGAUUGAAUGACACGGAAAGAAUAAAUUAUUACAGAGACUAUUUAAAACAGGUUCUUUUAGCAAUCAAAGAAGACGGGCUGAACAUCACAGGAUACACCGCGUGGACCCUCAUGGAUAACUUCGAGUGGACAGAUGGGUACAACUCGAGGUUCGGCCUCUACGAAGUGGACUUCACGUCUCCAGAACGAACUAGGACUCCUAAAGCAUCCGCAGAGUUCUACAAGAAACUAAUACAAAGACACUCUUUGAACUUUGAGCUAUGAUUUAAAAUAUUCAUGACUGAACGUGUUAAAUUUUAAAUAUUGUUAGAAAACUGAUUCGAUUCUAAUUAAAAUAAAAAAAAUAUCGCUGACUACA